AUGCAAACACCCAGUGAUGGGUCGAGCGCCGACCAGGCACGGACGUCGGAGCAAGUAUGCAUUUCAUGCAGGAUGCGGAAGAAGAAAUGCGAUAGAUUACUUCCACAAUGUACGGGAUGCUUGAUGAGAGAUCUAAUAUGCGAAUACUCUACGCCAGAACAGACCCGCGAUUAUGUACAUACAUCUACCUUAACCUCUACGCAACCAUGGAAUAAUAUCCAGAUACCAGUGAACUAUGAUAGUUUUGAUACACAAUCGAUCAAUUACUCAGCAAUGUUGUUUCUGGAUCCAUACAUCUUACAGCAAGGACAAAUUGACAUACCCCAGCCGUGUACUUGUAUCCCAGCACAUAUUUUUCAUCUACUAGGAGACAUCACUUCUAUCCACAUGUGUGCUACCGAGUUCUUCUCCCAGGACCACACAUGGAUGCCAUUUAUCUCCAAGCUCCGUUUCUACAGCUAUCUUCUACCAUCUCACACGACCAUUCCUAACCGUCCAGAAACCAUUCUCCUUCUCCUCUCAAUAAAACUAAUAACUACACUACCUCCCACAAAUCCACGGAAUCCUCAAACUUCGCUAUAUCAAGCCGUAAAACAUUAUUGCCUUGAAGUAGAAACCUCCAGUGUCCUUUCUCUUCCCAUUCUCCAAGCAGAAAUCCUGAUCGCAUUGUAUGAGAUGGGUCAUGGUAUUUAUCCUGCUGCGUAUCUUUCUAUCGGAGCAUGUGCGCGGUAUGCAUAUGCUCUGGGGAUAAAUUGUAAUAAGCGGCUAAAUUUAAGGAGGGUUCUUACGAUGUUGGAGAUGGAGGAGAGAAGAAGAGUUUGGUGGGCUAUUGUCAUUCUGGAUCGUUUUGUUAGCAUAGGAUCACCAGGUAGACCCUUCGCAACCUCAGAGCCAAACCUAGAUGAUACAUUACCAUGCGACGACGAAGCAUGGAACAAAGGUAUCAUCAAUUCCUCCAGUUACUCUACCUUAUCCUCUCCAACCACAAGCCACAUGAGUAAAUUUGCUCUGCUAUGUCAAGCUGCUAGAUUAUUGGGUCAAGUGCUCAACCACGUUUCUGGCGAUUCAUCUCAUGAUGAUGAGUUAUGGAUGCAAUUAGAUCGGACAGUAACCUCUAUGCUUGAGGCUUCAGUGAAUGUAGAAAAUCCGGAUUGCGAUCGCAUUGCGUUUAUAUACAGCACCCUUUUAGCCCUACACACAUCAUCUCUCUCUCCGCAUCCAUCAAAUCCUCCAUCCCCUCUAGACCAGCACCGCGCUGAACGCAAAGCCCAACUCCUCCAACGCAUAACCCAACGAAUCAUCGCAAACACGUCAACACCCCGUUCUCUCCUAGGACGCGAUCCCAGAAGCAUGUCCCUAUGGGCGUUGUUUUUCGGUUACCAUAUGUGUGUUGAACAAAUAAGAUCUAAAGAUCCAUCUUCCCACGAUAUUGUGGUUCUCGUGAGGAAGGGAUUCGAGGAGGCGGAUGUGAGAUGGAAUGUUGCUGGCGUUUAUCUUCGGUUACUUGAGGCGCAUGAGGUGAUGGAUGGGUAUUGA